AUGGGUACGGGGAGCUCCCGGCGGCCGUGGUGGCCGCCGCUGCUGCUGCUCCUGCUGCUGCUCCUGGGACCCGCGGGCGCCCGCGCGCAGGAGGACGAAGACGGCGACUACGAGGAGCUGGUGCUCGCCUUCCGGUCGGAGGAGGACAGCUCGGCUGACACGGCCCAGAACGUGACCACCGCCACCUUCCACCGCUGCGCAAAGGACGCCUGGAGGCUGCCAGGCACCUACAUGGUGGUGCUGAAGGAAGAGACCCACCGCUCGCAGACGGAGCGCACCGCCCGCCGCCUGCAGGCCCAGGCCGCCCACCGCGGCUACCUCACCAAGAUCCUGCACGUCUUCCACGACCUUGUCCCCGGCUUCCUGGUGAAGAUGAGCGGUGACCUGCUGGAGCUGGCCCUGACGUUGCCCCACGUCCAGUACAUCGAGGAGGACUCCCUCGUCUUUGCCCAGAGUAUCCCGUGGAACUUAGAGCGGAUUCUCCCUGCGCGGCGCCAGGCGGAUGAACACCACGCUCCUACUGGAGGUGGCCUGGUGGAGGUAUAUCUCUUAGACACCAGUAUCCAAAGUGGCCACCGGGAAAUUGAGGGCAGGGUGGUAGUCACUGACUUCGAGAACGUGCCUGAAGAGGAUGGGACACGCUUCCACAGACAGGCGAACAAGUGUGACAGCCACGGCACCCACUUGGCAGGGGUGGUCAGUGGCCGGGAUGCUGGCGUGGCCAAGGGCGCCAGCCUGCGCAGCCUGCGUGUUCUCAACUGCCAAGGGAAGGGCACGGUGAGCAGCACACUCACAGGCCUGGAGUUUAUUCGGAAGAGCCAGCUGGCCCAGCCGGCGGGCCGGUUGGUAGUGCUGCUGCCCCUGGCAGGUGGGUACAGCCCGGCCCUCAACGCCGCCUGCCAGCAGCUGGCCGGGACGGGGGCAGUGCUGGUGGCCGCUGCCGGCAACUUCAGGGAUGACGCCUGUCUCUAUUCCCCGGCCUCAGCUCCCGAGGUCAUUACUGUUGGGGCCACCAAUGCUCAGGACCAGCCGGUGACCCUGGGGGUCCUGGGGACCAACUUUGGCCGCUGCGUGGACCUCUUUGCCCCAGGGGACGACAUCAUUGGUGCCUCCAGUGACUGCAGCACCUGCUUCACAUCACAGAGUGGGACGUCACAGGCUGCCGCCCAUGUGGCUGGCAUCGUGGCUAGGAUGCUGACCGCUGAGCCGGAGCUCACCCUGGCUGAGCUGAGGCAGAGGCUGAUCCGUUUCUCUGCCAAAGACGUCAUCAGUGAGGCCUGGUUCCCCGAGGACCAGCGGGUGCUGACCCCCAACCUGGUGGCUACACUACCCCCCAGCACCUAUGGAGCAGGUGGGCAGCUGUUCUGCAGGACCGUGUGGUCGGCGCACUCGGGGCCCACGCGGAUGGCCACGGCCGAGGCCCGCUGUGCUGCCCCUGAGGAGCUGCUGGGCUGCUCUAGCUUCUCCAGGAGCGGGAAGCGGCGGGGCGAGCGCAUUGAGCCUUUUCUAAAGCAGGUUCCUCUUUCUGUCUUUGGCUCUCAGGCCCGAGGGGGCAGGCGCGUCUGCCUGGCCCACAACGCGUUUGGGGGUGAGGGUGUCUACGCAGUUGCCAGGUGCUGCCUGCUGCCCCGGGCCAACUGCCGUGUCCACACGGCUCUGCCAGCUGGAGCCGGAGUGCAGACCCAGGCCCGCUGCCCUCAGCGGGGCCAAGUCCUCACAGGCUGCAGCUCCCACUGGGAGGUGGAGGACCCUGGCACCCCCAGGCGGCCUGUGCUGAGGCCAUGGGGUCAGCCCGACCAGUGUGUCGGCCACAAGGAGGCCAGCAUCCACGCUUCCUGCUGUCACGCGCCGGGUCUGGAGUGCAAAGUCAGGGAGCACGGGAUCCCGGGCCCUGCAGAGAAGGUCACCGUGGACUGCGAGGGAGGCUGGACGCUGACCAGCUGCGGGACCCUCCCCGGGGCCUGCCCCACCCUGGGGGCCUACGCGGUGGACAACACGUGUGUGGUGAGGGGCCGGGACAUCGGAGCAGGAGGCAGGACGGGCGAGGAGGCCACCGUAGCCAUCGCCAUCUGCUGCCGGAGCCGGCCCUCAGGGGAGCAGGCCUCCCAGGAGGCCCAGUGACCGCCCUGCCCGGGACGCAUGCAUGGGGAAGGGGCCAGGGCCUGGGGGCCGUGGUCCCAGGCCUCGGCUGGGCUUUGAAGUGGUUCCUCCUUCCCCCUUCCUCAGCCUGGACCCCAGGGAAGAGGAUACCUCUUGCUUCUGGAGCUCUCGCGCUGGCACUCGGGGUGCGCUGGCUCCCCACCUGGGAGAACCCCAGCUCUCGGCCUGGACCACCCCUUCCCAGGCCUGAGCUGCAUGGGAGGCUGAGUGAGUAGGGCUGCAGGUGCCGGGCAGUCCCUCCCUCGCUGUGGGGCUGGGUCCACAUGCCACCAUUAACGCUGGUCAGGCUGUGCCCAGCUUCCUGCCAGCCGCUCCCAAGAUGCCAACACUGUGGGUAGAAUUACUUUUAUUGAGCAGUCAGUCUUCAGGCCUCCGUGCAGGAGGUGGUCAUUCUCCUGUGGGUAGGCAGGGAGGCGCUUGAGGGCUGGAAGGGGCCAAAUAUUGGUCACGGGAAGUGAAAGGUGGAGAUGGCCCCUCAUCUCCUGCCUGCUUUAGGGAUGCCCUGUUGGGCUCCCGAAUUAGUGGAGGAUCAGUUUUCCAUGCCUCUAGGGGUGCAGGGUGGCACUGACAAGAGGUGACGCUUCCCCACAUGUGGCCAACGUUUCAAAGUGUCCAAAGGGCUUCUCCACCCACCUUCUCACAAGAGUUUCAGAGUAGCCCUGGGGCAAAGGCAGGGCCUAUAUUCAUACCCAUUGGAUAGAUGAGGAUGUUGAGGCCCGAAGCACGAGCCCAGGGUCAGCUGCCAAGAUGCCUUGGUUCAAGUCCUUGCUCUUUAGAGAGAUCUCCAUCAGUUCGGUGAUCUCCACGGGCCCUCCCAGUCCUGCUGUUAAGACUCACCUCCCGAAGACAGCUUGUUGACAAAAUUCCUAGCUCUUGUACCCACCAGCGGCAUGACGGAUGCAGCCAGAUGUGUCCCAGGUGAUCACGAGGCCGUGCCUUUGUUUCUCCCAGCUGCCCUCACCUGGCCUGGUCCCGGCUUUGCAGUCCACCUGGCAUCAGCCUGCAGGGGGACAUCACCCCAGGGAUGACUCUUCAGUUCCCAGUGGAGGGCCACGUGCUCCAUCCACCCUCUCACCCAGUCCUCGCACCUACCCUGCACAGUACACAGUCAUCCCCACUUCAGAAGGAAACUGGGAACCAGGGGUGGGGGUUGGGUGCCCGCCAUUCACACAGCCAAGAAGUGAGGUGGUACCAGGGUAUAAACCCAGAUAUGUCCCUAAAGCCAAGGCUCUUUUUGCUGCACCAGGUUGGGCCCCCCCCCAUCUUUAUAAUAACAGAGGCUCAUUAGGGAACACAGACCUGGGGUAGCCCUGUGAGCAAGGACAGAAAACUGGGCAAAAGGCACUGGCCGAUUCACGGGGACCAGAGUGGAGAGGGCUUUGGAGGGAUGCAGGGACGGAGGGGGAAGGGGAGAAGGGGGAGGUGCAACUCUCCCUCCUUGAGCUCCCCUACCCCCAGCCCCACCCAAGCAAACAAGCACGCAUUUAUCUUUUUGGUCUGUUUGUCAACAACUCUCUGUUGCCUUUUUACAACAAGCAGCUUUUCUAGAUUUCUGUUUUGCUUUUGUAACUUGAAGGUAUUUAUU